UGCAUAAAAUCCAUGUGCCUAGUGUGUGAAAGCCAAAGAGGGAGGUUUUGAGACUUCAGACUGUGUCCAAAGGUGAAGUCCCAUGUGUUGUCACCCUCAUUUCUCAAACCACAUACAGGCCAGUGUUUCUUCUGCACAAGAAUAGUCCAGCUACCUGCUGGCCAGCUGUGCUAAACACAUCACAUUCCACUCAUUUAAAAAAACAAUGGAUUGUCUCACAAUAACAUCUUGAAGGAGGACUAAUUAUCUGUUUUGCUGUUUUUGUUGUUGUAGUAGAUUUAAAAAAAAAAUCUGGCUCAGGGAAGUUAGGUGAGUAACAGGAUUCUGAGCUUGUAAAUGUAGGUGGGACACGUGCCUCUGUCCAGAGCCCAGGCUCUGUACCUGAUGCUAUGUCCUCCCCUGCCAGAAUCAUCUAUGCUGCUUAUACACACCUCUGAUGCCCCAGGUUUCUCAUCACUCCACUACAUACAUCUCUCAGCUUAUUCACUGUGACAUUCCAAAUUCUAAGCUUGGCCCAAUGGAAACAUUGAAUAAUUGUAAAUUGCAACUUAAUUUUAGAUCAAUUAACCGGAUAAAUAUUUUGUCAGAGACUAAAGUUUGGUUUACGAGUUAAUACUUCUGUAAACAUGAAAGUAUUACUCAACCUCUGGUGUCUCAAAAUCUAAAUGAAAGUAACAACUAUUCAACUUAAUAAACUUGUGGAGAAAUCAGGGAAUAUAGAUGUAAAAGUAUCUGGAGUAAUUCCUGGCACAUUAGCUGCACAGCAGUCUAUGAAUUUACUAGGACAGGAAAAGAUAAUUUGGUUAAUUUAAUAAUUCCAGAAUUGUCAUGUUGGCUAAUUCAUUGAAUUUUCAAAAUUUCAGUUUCCACAUAUAUAAGAUUUUUUAAAUGGAGAGAUGAUUUCUGGUGACACUUCAUUCAACAUCUUGAAGCUCUAUAGAUAGUGAAUACACAUAAUAUAUUUUAAAACAACUAAUAAAUUUAAUGGUAAGCCUCAUGUUUUAGAUAUAGAGAAUAUUGUAAAAAAAUAUUAUUGUGAUGUGUAAUUCCUAUGGUAAAAAAACAUGUCAAUCUCACUGAAAUCUCUGCUGCAUUUUAUGCUCUGUUUCUUCAUUCUUCUUGCUACAGGGCGACUCCUGAUUCUCAAACAACUCUGAUGGAGAACAGGACAGAAGUGACAGAGUUCAUCCUCCUAGGACUCACCAAUGCCCCAGGACUACAAGUGCCCCUCUUUAUCAUGUUCACCCUCAUCUACCUCAUCAAUGUGGCUGGAAACCUGGGCAUGAUCUUGUUGAUCCUCCUGGACUCCCGUCUCCACACUCCCAUGUACUUUUUCCUCGGUAACCUGUCUCUGGUGGACAUCUGCUACUCUUCAGCUGUCACUCCCACGGUCUUGGCUGGGCUCCUUCUAGGAGACACAGUUAUCUCCUACAAUGCUUGUGCUGCUCAGAUGUUCUUGUUUGCUGCCUUUGUCACUGCAGAAAAUUUCCUCUUGGCCUCGAUGGCCUAUGACCGCUAUGCUGCAGUGUGCAAGCCCCUGCACUACACCACCACCAUGAUGACAAGUGUGUGUGUGUGUCUGACUACAGCCUGCUACCUUGGAGGUUUCCUGAAUUCCUCCAUCCACACUGGGGACACGUUCAGUCUCUCCUUCUGUAAGUCCAAUGUGGUGCAUCACUUUUUCUGUGAUGUUCCAGCAGUCAUGGUUCUCUCUUGCUCUGAUAGACAUGUUUGUGAGAUGGUUCUUGUAUAUGCAGCCAGCCUUGUGAUCUGUUCUGCUCUCCUUGUUAUCUUGAUAUCUUACAUGUUCAUUUUUCUCACCAUCCUAAAGAUGCGCUCAGGCACAGGAUACCAGAGGGCUCUGUCCACCUGUGCCUCUCACUUCACUGCUGUCUCCAUCUUCUAUGGGACUCUUGUCUUCAUGUACUUGCAGCCCAGCUCCAGUCACUCCCUGGACACAGAUAAAAUCGUAUCUGUGUUUUAUACCAUGGUCAUCCCCAUGUUGAACCCUGUGGUCUACAGCCUGAGGAACAAAGAAGUGAAGAGUGCAUUCAAGAAGGUCGUGGAGAAGGUGAAAUAUUCCCUAGGACUGUGAGCUGAACCUGGUAGCAUGCAUGGUAACCUAGCUCCAAUCCUCUCUGAUGAUCUCUGGGCACCCAGUGAGGUUGUAAGACCCACACUCAUGUUCAAUUCCAGAUCUGGCACCCUUCACUCUCAAACCUUUGUUUUUAAGAAAAAGGAAACAAAUGUUGGAAAUAUAAUACCUGAAUGAGGUUGGCUAAAAGGAAAUAUACAAUGAUUUUGUUCUGCUUGUUAAAAUGAUGAUAAGGAGAGGUGACUUAUUUACUUUCCAUAUGCAUCUCCUCUGUCAUAUUCGGCUUCUAAAAUACGUAUAAAAUGGGGUAAAACAACCCAAUAGCACAAGUGCGUCAUGCAAUUCAUAUUGGCAAAUACACAUGAGAGUGGACUUUAUCUGGAGGUAACUGGUUGCUAGUGUUUACUUCAAAUAAUUUAAAUAGUUGGGAUAUUGAAAUAUCAAUUUAUGACUAGUGUUACUUUUUUGAUUAGUUGAGUAACUGUUUAAAUGUAAAUAUGUGCUCAUCUUAUUGGCAUAUUUUAUUGAGAGACACAGAGCUAAACUAUCUUAAAUGAAUUAAUAUUUCUGCCUUGACUGAGUCAUCUUAUAGAACCUAUAUUUUUGCAUUAUACCUUUCAAAAGGAUAAAAUAAUCAGAUAUAAAUAAAAGUGAAGAAAAAAAUACAAGAAUUUAAAAUUUAUAUAUAUGACUCCCAACAUCCACAUUAUUUUAUAAAUGCUCUGAUAUUGAUAAUGUUCGGUCUUUUUCUCUCUGUACGAGCUUUGGGAUGCUGCUCAGUAACUCUUAAUUCAGUGGAGUCACAUCAAUGCCUGUCACUCCCAGUCUUUGUCCCCAGGUCAUUUGCGGGUUCUCCUUGAUAUUUCUCCACCACCCCUGGCAUGCUCCCCCCUCAGGACACUUGGGCUUGCUCUUCCCACUGUGUAGAAAUUCCCCUCACUGCAUUUGGGUCUCUGCCUUAUUCCUGCAUUAUUCCUCGUAGUUCUCACCACACUUUCCUAUUGGGUAUUUAUUCUUUCAUUUGUUUGUUAUUUAUCAUCUCCAGUUAGAAUUUCAACUCCAUGAGAGCAGUCAAUUCAUCUUUCUUUGUUUGUUUGUUUCGGCACCAGGCAUUGAACCCAGGGAUGCUUAAGCACAGAGCCCCAUCCCCAGCCCAUUUGGUAUUUUAUUUAGAGACAGGGUCUCACUGAGUUGCUGAAUUGCUUAGGGCCUCACUAAGGUGCUGAGGCUGGCUUUGAACUUAUGAUAUCCUGUGUCAGCCUCCCUAGCCACUGGGAUUACAGAUGUGAGCCACUGUGACUGAUAAUUCAUCUGUUUUGCUUACACAAUUCUGUAACAGCACCUGUUACUGCUUGGAUCCGACAUGUUUCCCAGAGGCUUGUGUGUUAAAGGCUUGGUCCCCAAUGCAGCAACAUUCGGAGGUGGGGCUUUUGGAAAGUGAAGGAUCAUGAGGGAGCUACCUUCACCAGUGAGUUAAUCCAUCAAUCAAUUCACAUUCUAAAAGGAACUUUGGGAGGGCUUGAAAACUGUAGAGGUGGAACCUGAUUUGAAGAAGAGGUUCCUUGGGGCUGUGCACCUGGGGACUAUAUCUUGUCCUUGGACCCCUUCUUUCUCUCUGCGUUCUGAUUGUCAU